AAUCAAUAAUCUGAUAUGAAUGUUAUAAAACGAUGAAGACAGUCUGUCUGCCGACUCGCAUCAGCAGAUAUUAUAUAAUCUGUUGAGCUGUUGAAAUACAUGAAUUCUGUGUAUUUAUAUCUAAUUGUGUAUUAAAUGUGAGAUAUUCUCUGAAAACAGUUUACGUUCUGUUUUCUAUAAAAAUACUUUUACACAGAAUAUAUUAAGAGCAAUAACAAACCAGCUGUUUCUUUAGAAGUAGCUUCAACGAGAAACUAACUCGUUCGUCUUAUUGAGUUUGUUUUUUGUGGACGCUUGUUUUCUCCACCAGAACACCCGUGAGACGGCUCAGGCCAUCAAAGGGAUGCACAUCCGUAAAGCCAACAAGUACCUGAGAGACGUCAUCGUGAAGCACCAGUGCGUCCCGUUCCGUCGCUACAACGGCGGCGUCGGCAGGUGUGCUCAGGCCAAACAGUUCGGCUGGACUCAGGGACGUUGGCCCAAGAAGAGCGCCGAGUUUCUGCUCCACAUGUUGAAGAACGCCGAGAGCAACGCUGAGCUCAAGGGUCUGGACGUGGACUCCCUGGUCAUCGAGCACAUCCAGGUGAACAAGGCCCCGAAGAUGAGGAGGCGCACGUAUCGAGCUCACGGACGCAUCAACCCGUACAUGAGCUCACCGUGUCACAUCGAGAUGAUCCUCACCGAGAAGGAGCAGAUCGUGCCCAAACCAGAGGAGGAGGUGGCCCAGAAGAAGAAGGUCUCACAGAAGAAGCUGAAGAAGCAGAAGCUGAUGGCCCGAGAGUAGAAUGAAUAAAACACGACUUGUUCUGAACAA